AUGCGUCCUAGGCGAUUUCUAAAGCAGGUACGUACGAAGUACAGUGCCGAUUUCUCAAAGCCAGAAAUGAGUGGCCAAGAAGCUGGGAAAGGGCACAUUCGGUUGUACCCGCAUCCGGGGUCAUUCUACGCAGUGGUAGCUGUCGGGGCCGUGCAGAAGACCGUCUUUACGGAGUCUGCCUUUGCUGCAAACGCUAGCCACAUGUUGGGCUAUAUUCGACUGCUGAUAAACAUUCUGUGCUUCUAUUUCUUGAGUGAGAAACCGGCAGAAAGAUGGUGUCAUGUAUUUAAUGACACCACCUUGGCAAGCCGCGGUGAUCGGCUGGCAAAUCAAAAGAAAGAGUCACCCUUGCUGGGACGGCACAGCAACACGAUAAGAAGCCUGCCGGCGAAAACACACAAGAAAUGCCAAGGUGAUCAGGAAGCGUUUACAAAGCUGAUCAGUCACAUUCCCCGUUGUCCGAUAAUGGCUGCCAGCCGCCUGAGUGCUUUUUCAGAUAUCGAGGAUGCCGGUCGGGAAUUGGGAACAUGGGGAGUGACUGGGUACACACCCAACCCAACAAGCGAAUGGUUCAUGUCAUGUAACUAA